AAUAUAAGAGUAUUAAAUCUGUUUCCAAUGCGUCUGGUCGAAUGAUUCAGAAUUCUGCUCCGAAACAAGUCGGUGCAGGUUCAGUCUUGUCGAACCGGACAUACCUGGCGCAUCUUCAAAGUACCUACUGACGUGUUGCUAAGUCGAAUGUAUCGUUUGUGUUACAGAAGAUUGUCUGAUGACGUUAGUUUCGUGAUAUACAUAUAGCGGUCUUUAAUUUCAAAUGUAUCAUUCAAUUUGCUGCUGUGCUUUAAUGUUUUCACACGUACACGUUGAACGAAACGACGCACACGGAACGGGAGGAGGACGAGAUAUUGACAGUGAGAUACGAGGAUGGAAGAUGGUCGAAACCUUACUACGAUUGCGGGGGUGGAAAUAUUUGGAUGUUGACGUACACCGUCCCCUUCUUCGGCUACGUCAACGAUACUUACUUCUUCAAGGGAACGAGUGGGAUAGAUAUCGACCUACGCAGGCUGGACAUAGAUCAGUGCCCUCUGCCUCCGGGCUCCACUCAAUUGAACAUAUUCGCAGCCAGUGACAAAUGCAAGAAGCGGACUACAGAGUGCAUCGCGAUCCCAGGGCUGGGAUUCCGUCGUGGAAGCUAUCGAUGCAUCUGCAAACGUGGCUUUUAUUAUCCCGACAUCAAAUCCACCAGUCGAUACUACAAUGGCACCGUUAUCGAGGAAGAAUUCGAAAAGUUGAUGAUGGGAGAGGAGAGCCAAUACGACGAGGAUGGGGUGUUCGAGUGUCUUCCUUGUGCCGAGGGUUGCGAAUCCUGCGAGGACGAUUCCCCGUGCGUGGUAUCCUUGAAUUGGCUGAUGAGAACCGCGAUUCUCAUCCUGGAGUGCUGUGUCAUCGCCUGUUUGCCGGCGGUCGCCCUUUUCACUUGGAAAUAUGGAAACGUGAAGGUGGUGAGAGCUGCAAGCCCAGUUCUUUUACGAGUCAUUGUGCUUGGUGCGUUCUUCAUAUACUGCACCACGAUAGUAAUGUACCCCCGUCCAAACGUCAUAACCUGCACAGUGCGUGUCUGGCUUCGAGAGAUUGGAUUUUCCCUCACUUACGGCGCUCUCAUGCUCAAGACUUGGCGGAUAUCGGUAAUAUUUCGGGUGAAGUCAGCGAAAGCUGUGAAAAUAACGGAUGGCAGCCUUCUAAAACGGUUAGGCGUCAUCGUAAUGAUAUUCAGCGUGUUUCUGAGCAUUCGUACAUUGGUGGCGCCACCUGUGGUGAUUGUGGCGCGAACAGCGGAUGAUCUGAAAGCUUAUCUGUGCCGAACAGAUUGGUGGGAUCACAGUUUCACCACACUUGAGGUUAUGUUCCUCAUAUGGGGCAUCAGGUUGUGCAUCGUGGUGAGAAAGACGCCGUCGGAGUUUAACGAGAGUCGAUUCAUCUCGAUGGCCAUUUACAACGAAUUUUUAUUGUCAGUCUUCCUCAACGUCUCUAUGUUGUUCUUGCAGUCACCAGCCAAUCCGGAUUUAUUGUACGUGAUAUUUUUCUGUCACACCCAGCUCACGGUCACGUUGCUUCUCUGCCUCAUAUUCGGCAGCAAGGCCUACAUGGUGUUCCGUAGCGGGGGCAAAGAGGACUCGAAACACUCCGGGGCCACUGGAAAAUUUCUAGGGAAAGGUGGCCGCCCACCGGGUACCAGCAAUCAGACAAACUCGAUAUCCCUUCAGCAAGGAAACUUCACGGAUGAAAGUGAUGGAGCGACGGAAGAAUUCCGUCGAUUCAUCAAUCAAUUAGAAGUUUUGAAAGAAAAGAAUGUUCUGCUCGGUAAUCACCAUUUGGUGAACAAACUCGCAGCGAUGCAGGAAGCCGCGAAUCGAGCCGAAACGCAGGUAUCCACGAUUCAGGCGAUUUCCUCCAGUAUGAGACUGAACGAUCUUAAUGGAUCUACGACAAUCGCCGAAACGGAUGUUGGGGGUUCCUUGAAAGGCGACAGAAAAGGUGGGGAAGUGAAAGGGGAGAAGAAAUGCGAGGCCUGCGUGGAAAAGAAUGGAAUUAGAGGCGUGGAUCAAGGCUCGUCCAAAGAAAGAGAGGCCCUCGUUUCCGUCGAGAUGAAGAAACCAAUGAGAACCAACGACGUUGCUGUCUCAACUUCUGGUAGGCCCGCCACGGAGGAUAUCGGAACGGAGACGAAACACGAGGAGAAAAAAAGCGAGGUUAGGGAACGAGACAAAAGCAAGAGUAAAUCCGGCCAUGCGAGGACGCAUGCUAUAGUCAUCAAUCUAGACGAUAAAAGCAGAUUCUCUGAAGAAGUCACCGUAUAAAAGAUUGGAUUAUUGUUAUUUCUGUGAAUCGUGAACUCAGUGAAAGUCUUUUUCUCUUCAGUUAUUUUUAAAUAUAAAGAAAUUUGAAAUCGAAUGACUCGAACGAAAAUUGAAAAUUUUGUUUUAAAGUGUAAGUGCGUAAAGCUAGAGAAUUUUCGUGCUGACGUGUUCGUGUUUCAUUUCGAUCUCGUUUCGAUCGUAUUUUCUUUUAUUGCUGUUUUUAUAAAAAUAUAUUUUGUUGAUUAAAAGUUGAAGUGGAAAUGAGAUUUAAUUCGAUGGAAGUAAUUGCAGUGAGAUAUCGAUACGAGAAAAAUUUU